GUGUGAUCUUUGCUUACUGCCUCGACCAAACUUUGCUAUUGCUGUUUGGUUUUUCUCACUCUCUUCUCUUUCUUGAGAAAAAAAAAACAAAUUUCAAGAGAAAGAGAGAAGAUGUAUGAAACAAGAACAGAGAGGGAGAAGAAAUCUGCAGCUUCUGCGAGAGCUCACACCAGAAACAACAACACUCAACAAAGUUCUUCUAAUUCUUCUGGUUAUCUGAGAACGAUUCUACUGGUAUCGUUCGUUGGAGCUUUGGCAUGGCUUUACCAAUCAAUCCAACCACCACCGGCUAAAAUCGUUGGCUCUCCCGGAGGAGUCGCCGUGACAUCGCCGAGGAUCAAAUUGAGAGAUGGUAGACAUCUUGCUUACAAGGAAUUCGGAAUCCCUAGAGACGAAGCUAACUUCAAGAUCAUAUUUAUCCAUGGCUUUGAUUCUUGUAUGCACGACUCGCCUUUCACCCAUUUCUUAUCGCCGGCUCUUGUGGAGGAAUUGAGGAUAUACACUGUGUCUUUUGACCGUCCUGGUUAUGGAGAGAGUGAUCCUAACCUGAAUGGCUCGCCGAGAAGCAUAGCACUGGACAUAGAAGAGCUGGCUGAUGGGUUAGGACUUGGACCUAAAUUUUAUCUCUUUGGUCUCUCCAUGGGUGGUGGAGUCACAUGGGCAUGCCUUAAAUACAUUCCUCACAGGUUAGCAGGGGCGGUACUUGUAGCUCCUGCGAUUAACUACUGGUGGAGAAACUUACCUAAAGACGUAACGAGAGAAGCGUUCUCUCUUAUGUAUCCUGCAGAUCAAUGGGCACUUCGAGUAGCUCACUAUGCUCCUUGGCUUACAUAUUGGUGGAACUCUCAGAAAUGGUUCCCAAUCUCCAAUGUGAUUGCUGGUAAUCCCAUUAUUUUCUCUCGUCAGGACAUGGAGAUCUUGUCUAAACUUGGAUUCGUCAAUCCAAAUCGGGCAUACGUAAGACAGCAAGGUGAAUAUGUAAGCCUACACCGAGAUUUGAAUGUCGGAUUUUCAAGCUGGGGAUUCGGUCCAUUGGAUAUUCAAGAUCCAUUCCCGAACAACAAUGGCUCCGUUCACCUAUGGCAAGGCGACGAGGAUAAGUUUGUGCCAGUGAAGCUUCAACGAUGUAUCUCAAAGCUGCCAUGGAUUCGGUACCAUGAAAUCUCUGGAUCAGGACAUUUGUUACUAUUUGCGGAAGGUAUGACUGAUAAGAUGGUCAAGUCACUUUUGACUGGGGAAGAAAGAGGUUAGUGAGAGUGAGAAGCCUCUGUGUGAGUGGAUGUGUUUGGGACUAUUUAUGUUUUCUUUCAGACAUAUUUAUCUGCUUGUAAUGUCUACAAACUGAUUAUGAUGAACAAUAAAAAUAAAAAUCAGAAACCUCGAAGUA